AUGGCACCGUCGUCCUCUCUCCUGCGAUCCUUCGCCCAAACCCAAUCGCGACGACAGUGCCGCCGAUUCCUCUCCACCACCUCGACCUCGACACUUUCCCGGCGGCCCGCGGCAACCUUAUCGCAACAAUGCCUCCGAUCCAAGCACCAACCGCCCGAACAGCGGCGCUACAAGUCCCAGUCAGUCGAGGAGGCCAAGAGUAGAUACCGAACGGGCCCGUUCUCGUGGAAGGCGGGAUUGCUGUUCAUCGUUGCUGGUGUUGGGCUCGUGUAUUACUUUGAGUACGAGAAGCAGCGCAUGCAGCGCAAGCGGAUUGCUGAGGCGACUAAGGGCGUGGGGAGGCCGAAGGUGGGAGGGAACUUCGAACUGGUGGAUCAAGAGGGGAGGCCGUUCAGUAGUGCGGAUUUGAGGGGGAAGUAUUCUUUGGUCUACUUCGGCUUCACGCACUGCCCCGACAUCUGCCCUGAAGAACUCGACAAGAUGGCCACCAUGUACGACUUAGUCGAGGCCAAACACCCCGGCAGCGUCGUCCCCAUCUUCAUCACGUGCGACCCCGCGCGCGAUACCCCCAAAGUGCUCAAGGAGUACUUGGCUGAGUUUCACCCGGGCUUCGUCGGGCUCACGGGCACCUACGAACAGAUCAAGGAGGUGUGCAAGUUGUACCGCGUUUACUUCAGCACACCCCGCAAUGUGAAACCCGGACAGGAUUACUUGGUCGAUCACAGCAUUUACUUCUAUCUUAUGGAUCCUGAGGGAGAUUUUGUGGAGGCGCUUGGGCGACAGCAUAGUCCGGAGCAGGCGGCUAAGGUCAUUUGGGAGCAUACAAAGGAUUGGAAGGGGCAGUUGAAGAAGUGA